GUUUUCGGAUGUCAUCCUGGCAACAAUUUUGGCUACCAAGUCAGAUAUGUGUGGCAAAAAGUUUGAAUUGAAGAUUGAUAAUGUUCGCUUUGUUGGCCAUCCCACCUUGCUCCAGCAUGCUCUCGGGCAGGUAUCCAAAACUGACCCCUCACCAAAGAGAGAGAUGCCCACCAUGAUUUUGUUCAACGUGGUGUUUGCACUAAGGGCCAACGCGGACCCGUCCGUGAUCAGCUGCCUGCACAACCUGUCGCGCAGGAUCGCCAUCGUCCUGCAGCACGAGGAGCGCCGCUGCCAGUACCUCACCCGCGAGGCCAAGCUCAUCCUGGCCAUCCAGGACGAGGUGUCUGCCAUGUCAGAGACCACAGAAGGGCCCCAGUCACCUUUUCAUCACAUCCUACCCAAGUGCAAGCUGGCCAGAGAUCUCAAGGAGACAUAUGACAGUCUCUGCACGACAGGGGUGGUUCGUUUACACAUCAACAACUGGCUGGAAGUGAGUUUCUGCCUUCCUCACAAAAUCCACUAUGUCGCCACCAACUUCAUCCCCCCAGAGGCAAUCGAGAGAAGUCUGAAAUCUAUCAGGCCUUACCAUGCCUUAUUACUUUUAAAUGAUGAGAAGUCAUUGCUUAAUGAGCUCCCGUUGGACUGCUCUCCUGCCCUGGUGAGAGUAAUUAAAACUACCUCUGCUGUGAAGAAUUUGCAGCAACUGGCUCAGGAUGCUGACUUGGCAUUGCUGCAGGUUUUCCAGCUUGCAGCACAUCUUGUUUACUGGGGCAAAGCAAUUAUUAUUUAUCCUCUUUGUGAAAACAACGUCUACAUGCUUUCUCCAAAUGCCAGUGUCUGCCUUUACUCUCCCCUGGCAGAUGCCUUCUCCUGUCAGUUCCGGGGUCACAACCUGCCCUCCAUGCUGGCCAAGUUCUCCCUCCCCGUGUCCCUGUCAGAGUUCAAGAACCCUCUGGCGCCGCCUGUGCAGGAGACCCAGCUGAUCCAGAUGGUGAUCUGGAUGCUCCAGCACCGGCUCCUGAUCCAGCUCCACACCUACGUGUGCCUGAUGGUGCCCCCGAACGAGGAGGAGUUCCGAGCCCAGGAUGAGGACAUGCCCUUCACUGCCAGGGUUGGGGGACGAAGUUUGAGCACCCCCAACGCUCUCAGCUUUGGCUCUCCAACCAGUAGUGAUGACAUGACUCUGACAAGCCCUAGCAUGGAUAAUUCCAGUGCUGAGCUGAUACCUGGUGGGGACUCACCCCUAAAUAAGAGGAUGACAGAGAAUCUCCUGGCAAGCCUGCUGGAACACGAGCGGGAAGCCAUCCUGAAUGUCCCAGCUGCCCAGAAUCCAGAAGAUCUCCGCAUGUUUGCAAGGCACUCUGUGGUUCUACACGUGGUGAAAGCAGAAUGACUUCCAGAGCAGCCAUCUGGGAAGAAGGAAGGGGAGGAAAUACUUUUUCUUCCAAAGGAUUUCAAAACUCAUUGGAAUCACUGGAAUGCAACUUUCACUGGUUUUCAUACUUGUGGAGAAGAAAACCACCUGAGGCAAGGACUGCAGCUGUUCCAUAUUCUGGAUUCAGUUGGUAAUCCCCUGAAAACCUGGUUCUUGCCCUAGGAUGGAUACAGGCAGGUAGCCCAGGGAAGCUGUAGUAGCAGAAAGAUGCUUUCCUUGUCUGUGGCAGAGUACAGCUCAGGGACUUUGACAGAGCUCUCAAAACAUGUGGGUAGUUACUGCUCUCUGAAUUAUUUGUCUUCUUCAUCUUCUGCAGCUCUUCAGAGAAUAUGCUCUGACUGGGAGGCAACAUUGGCCACUUGAGAACUCUGAAGUGUUUUUUUCUUUAUUACCAGCUAAGUCAUUACAAAACCACUGAGAAAGAAAAGUAACAACAAAAUCAUAUUUAAUAUCUUAAGACAGAAUUUGUGGGGGACUCCUUGGACCAGUUCAGUGGUGAUGCAGAUUCUCAGUUAUCCUAGUGAGAGGAAAGGAUAUUGUGAUUGCUCCUCUCUCAUACCCUCAGCUGGGUAAAAGAUCCAUUUGGAAGCUUUGGAAUUGCAGAUGCAAGAAAUGUCUCUGAUUUCUUUGUGAAACCAGUUGAGUGAUGUUUAUUGUGCAGUUUGCUCCUGCCCCAGGUUCUUUUGCAGAUCCCCAGGCCUUACCAGGUCAGAAUUUCCAGUCUACUACAGAUUGAAUUGGCAAAUGCAGCGUGCUCUGAGGCACAAGUGAGGAACAAACAGAUUAACAGUAAAUAAACAAUGAACAGAUGGGUCCUGUGGGCAGAUGCUGCAGUCUACAUGUAGGAAUGUUCAUGCCAGACCCUCUUGGUUACUGCUGGUUUUAUGAGACACCACAACUUGUAGGUUGUAGUGUAUUUUCUCUCUUUUUGUGUCAUAACCAUCAGAGAUGAGUGAGUAAAUCUCUUGCUCUCAGUGAAAGAGAAAAAGCCAUGCUGAAGCUGCCUGAAGGAGCUGAUCUCCCUCAUUACCCUCAUGCAGGUACUGCUCCAGCCCUGCUCUGCUCUCGCAGCUGCCUCCAGAGCAAAGUGCUAUAAAUGCACAAACGGUGCCCUAAAUAUCCUGUGGAAUUUGUCCUUCCCAGGAUGCUGUGUGUGCACUCAGAGGGAUGGGCUAUUUCCAGCACAGAGUGCUGGUGCCUGUCCAGGGCUCUGCACAGCCUGUGUUUGAAGGCAGAAACCUUAAGGGGAAGUAAGGAAUUACUAAAUCUUGGCUCCAGCAUUGGCUGCAUUAACCCUCAUAACACUGAAUUGGAAUUUAAAUCCAAGUUCUUUCCUAAGGUGCAGCUAAAAGAAGGUGGGUAUGUCCUUCCAGGAGCAAGCUUGAGAAGGAGACAAGUUCUUUUUGAGCUAGGUUCUGAGUAAUGUACACCAAGCCUUGCUCACUGCACAUUAAGCAGUGCUUUUGAAGCCUGAAGAAGUUGGAGGCUGCACUCAUGGCUUCUCUCCCAAGCCAUGGGUGUGGAGCUGCUUUCAGGGCUUAUUUGGGUGAGAGAUUCUGAGAUUGGGAGGUGAGAUCCUUCCCUCCACUGAGGAAUGCUUGUGGACAGUUCUGCUCUGGUUUCAAGCAGUGCUGUGGCAGGGAUGUCUCCUUAGCCAGAAAUAAGCGAAUUCUGUUUCAAUUGCUAGUCUGAGAGAAUCCUUUUC